GGACGGGGGCGGAGCUUAGUGAAACUCGGAGGGUCCCGGGACCUCGCGGAGCGAUCUCUCAGCUCUGUGGAACCUGUGGUGCUUCGCCGGCCACCGGAAUGGAGAGUAGGUGCUACGGCUGCGCUGUGAAGUUUACCCUCUUCAAGAAGGAGUAUGGCUGUAAGAACUGUGGCCGGGCCUUCUGUUCUGGCUGCCUUAGCUUCAGUGCAGUGGUGCCUCGGACUGGGAAUACCCAACAGAAAGUCUGCAAGCAGUGCCACGAGGUCCUGACCAGAGGGUCAUCUCCUGCCAAUGCUUCCAAGUGGUCACCACCUCAGAACUAUAAGAAGCGUGUGGCUGCCUUGGAAGCCAAGCAGAAGCCCAGCACUCCCCAGAGCCAGGGACUGAUCCAUCAAGACCAAGUAAUCGCUGAGCGCCUAGCACGGCUCCGCCAACAGAACAAGCCCAAGUCAGUGGCCUCACAGGCGGAGAUAGAGGCCAGGCUAGCUGCGCUGAGGGAUGAACCCCGGGGUUCCAUCCCUUCCACCCAAGAAAUGGAGGCACGGCUUGCUGCACUGCAGGGCAGAGUUCCACCUUCUCAGAUCCCCCAGCUUGCACAUCAGACACCAGACACCAGAACCCAAGCCCAGCAGGCACAGGAUCUGCUGACAGAGCUGGCAGCACAAGUGGCUAUUGAUGAGAGCUGUCAACAAGGAGGCCCAGCUGCCUCUGUCCAGAAUGACCUCAACCAACGUGGCCCAGGGGGCCAGAGCACUAAUUCCAAGGGGCAGACCACCUGGUCCCUGGAAGAGAAGAGCAGGCUGCUGGCUGAGGCAGCAGUCGAGCUGCGGGAAGAGAACACGAGGCAGGAGAGGAUCCUGGCCCUCGCCAAGCGCCUGGCUGUGCUGCGGGGCGAAGACCCUGAUAAAGUGACCCUCCAGGACUAUCACCUCCCAGACAGUGACGAUGAGGAGGACGAGGAGACAGCCAUCCGGAGAGUCCUGCAGCAGCUCACCGAAGAAGCUGCCCUGGAUGAGGCAAGUGGCUUUAACAUCCCUGUGGAGCCCACUCUCCGAGCCCCGGCCCAGUCCUGCAGGGCAGAGCCUGAGGCCCAGGCCAUGGCCGCCCGGCUCGAAGCUGAGGAUGAGGAGCUCCCCUGGUGCUGCAUCUGCAAUGAGGACGCCACCUUGCGCUGUGCUGGCUGUGAUGGGGACCUCUACUGCGCCCGCUGCUUCCGGGAAGGCCACGAUGCCUUUGAAAUUAAAGAGCACCAGACAUCUCCCUACUGCCCACCUCGCACAGGCCGAGAGCACUGAGGAAACCAGGCAGGCAAGCCCACUGGCAGUGGUGCAGGCUGGUGCGCCCACCCCUGGGCCCAGCCUCGGGGUGCCCCAUGGGAGAGUGAGUCAGGCUAGCCUGUUCCUGGAUAUGCCCCUUCCUGAGCCUCAGUGUCCCCGGAAGAAGGAAGCAUUCUCCAUUCAAGAUGGUAACUGGGGGAAGCCAGAAGGAAGGCAGAAGUCAGGAGCCCGCCACCGGCCGGGCCUGGACUGGGAGUGAGGCGUGGUAGGGAAAAGACGAGACUGAAUCUAAGGGCGAUGAGCCUUGAAACUUGCUCAAGGGCCCAGGACCCUUCCCUGGUACUUAGUGGAUCUAAUAAAAAAUGUUGAUGUCUUGGG